CAGAGAGCAAAAAAAAUGUCUGUUGUUUGAAAGUUCUUAUUGAAUAUCUAUUCGCAUUUCUGCGCAUAAAGAUUUACAUAUGAGACAGCGGUUGACGUAAUUAAAUGUGUUUUUAACAACACGACGUAAUUGCAGUGUAAUACUUUGCCGCCAAGAUGAAUGUUGCUCCUUUAGGCAAUUUGCCAUACUGCAAAGGUCUCUGGUCUGUCAUAUCGGGAACAACUUGCCGUUGUGAUCUGGAACUUGUUCAAGAUGAAAUAAAAAAUGCGAGUACGUUGUUACAAGAAGGAUUAAGGUUUUUUAAGAAAUAUUCUGAUGCAUCGUUACAAAAUGUUCAGAAGACUGAUCCGCCACCACGAAUGUACGAUCUCGUUAGUAAGCUUGCUCCGCUUUUGGACUUGGAUGCCAUGAAAACUUGGGAUUUGGUCUGUAAUUUCAUGCUCUACGAGUAUCGCAAUUGUGCCGAGACAUUUGCCUCACAGUUAUCAGAUCUUAGUUCCAUGAGAGCAUUAAUAGAGGACAUAUGGAAUUUUUAUUAUUCGGAAAGAGUUACAUUAAUAAAGUGCCUUAAGCUGAUGCUUGAAUAUCGAGAUAACAAGAGACACCCUUAUCAGGCAGAAUUUAUUAAUUUUUUUGAAGAGGCUUUAUUUGGAACUCUUUCAAAAUCGGUACAAUCUCAAAUAGAAGAAUUAAAAUUUAUAAAUCCACCUAUAAGGUCACAAUUAUUUACUGAUGAACAUUUACAUCAACUAUAUAAUUCCAGUCUCGUUGAGAUGCGAGAAUUACUACAUGUAUUCACAAUUAUUUUACACGAGGUUAACGUGGCAGAAAAUGAAUUCAGUGGUAUAUACGCCAGCAUUGCGGGUCAACCCAGAAGAUUGAUAAGUACAAAAAGUCACGAGGACAAAGAAAUAAUUGAAAAGAAAUUAGAAGAUCUCCAAUAUAGUCAGGUAGCUUUGCUAUUGGUGGGACUGGAUGUUACAAAGCAUAGCGAUAUAGAAGACUGGAUAAAGGGUGUGCGGAAGGACAUGCAGGACCUUUUAGAACACAAAUGUAUUCGGGACUGCACUCGUCAAGAUGGUCCCCUUUUCCUUGCAUGGAUGCUUGCUAAUUAUGCCAUUGAACCGGACAACCUAGAUGUCGUAAACAACUUAAAACCAUUUGGAAUCAAAGCUAUCCAACUUGAUGUUUUCCAUUAUUUGCAAAAAUUAACUGAUAGUGAAAUGGUUAAAGAAGAGACUCAGUAUGCACACAUAGUACGAAGCAGCGUCUAUAACUUGCUUUCCCUGAUACCUUCAUUUAUAGAGGAAGAUAGAAUUGGAUCGUUGAAGGGUGUAUUCGAUGCUAUUGCUUCGGUCAUCAAGUUUCCAGAAAUUGCCGAAAGAUUUUGGCGUGAUCAAGACUUGUGGAUGUUCUACAAAUAUUCAGUUGAACAAUUUCCGUACAAAUUUGAACCACUUACCGUUGUCGCAAUUGGCCUUGCUAGUGCGUCAGCUAGAAGUGCCAAGAAGAUCGCUGCAGAAUUAGAUGAUUUACCGUCAGUAACCUUGGAGACACCACGGCAUCGCGACUCCGGUAAACUAUGGAGGCCCUACGAAAAAGAGUGCACAAUUUACCACAAUGCAUUCGCAAUCCCAAUUGGUUGUAGUAACAAAGUCAUCGAGUCGACGGCAAACGACAAAGACGUUGUACUUUGGCACAUUAAAGCGCGGUAUUGGGACGCAUUUCAUUACAAGUUGGAACAACUGAUAUUCGAGGCCAGUAGCGGUAUAUCAAACGUAAGCGAAGGAAAAGCCGAGCAAGUCUGCCAGGGUUUUAAACUCUUGGAAAUCCUAUUGUCAGCCGACGUUGAUAUUCCUCGAGGAAUGGUAAUACCUACCGAGUUCAGUUUCGAAAUAAUCAACAGAUUCGCCUAUCCAGUGCUUCCCCUGAAUAUCUACCGAAUCAUAGCCCGGUGCAUUUGUAUAUCAUCGAAACUAGUGUUGAAAUACCCGGAGGACAUUCUCUCGCGGAUGCGGACAGGAGUAUAUCCAAGGUUCAACAAUUGGUACCAAAAGACAUCGGAGUUUGCCGAGGCGGUUUCCUUCGACGGCGGCUUGAUCGCAUCCUGGUUAUCCGGCAUAGAGACCAUCGAGCACACUUAUCCGAUACUAACGGCAUAUCUGGAUAUUCUCAGCAAUUACUUGCUGGUAAAAUACAGCCGAGAAGCCAUGUAUUCGGUCGAGAUACCAGGCAUGGUAUUUCUCCUCCAAGGCGUCCUUCCUAAACUGGACUCGUGGUAUUUUGCCUCGGACACAGAGAGAAUUGAUAUUUGGCUCAAGAGCAUGUAUUGCCUUCACCGAGCCCUGGAUGCAAACCUUCCCAAAGGCGAUCCAUCGGGCCGCGCCGAGCUGCAACUCAUCGUAGCGUAUAAUCUAAUGUACCUGGAGCCACGACAUGCCCUCCUCAGGUUAGUCAGGACAGGCGAGCGUACUCUACAAAACAAAAUGACGGCCGAAACGGACUGGGUCGCCGGCAGAGGCUUCAAAAUAAUCAAAAGCGUCCAAUUAGCUCUUUCCGUGGUGAACAGGCUACUCAUGUUCAGGAAACGAUUAGGUCUGAGUCCUGAGGAUAGAUCACCGCUAGAAGUGGCUCUCUAUGCAUCUCCUUGUUUACCGAAUGGAUUGCUGAUAGUGCCUACCAUCGUGGACUAUCUCUACGUCUGGUUCAGUCCAUCUCUUCAGGCAAUGGCGGUCAGAUUGCUGAAGAAAUUUGCCGAAGGCUUCUCCAUGUCCCUGUUGGUCUGUAUGGGCAUGGACGGCACGGCUAUUCGAGAGACCUUUGCCUCGAGGCUAAUGUCUCCUACCUGUGCGGCCGAGGUCAAGGUUGCCAUCCUGGAGUUGGUAGCCGUUUGUCUUGAGAGACAACCUGGCCUUACCGAGGCUCUUUUCAACAUCAUGCAUCAAGCCGAACGCAGAAGAAUAUUCCCUCGGCCUGCUGACGAGUUCCUCACGGUUGGAUGCAGUCAAUUUCUCGACCUGUACUUGAAGCGGAUUCACCGAGAAGAGGACAUCGUCUACGACAGGCUCUUCAGUAGCACUAUGAAUCUGCUCCGGGCCAUGUGGUACCACCGCAACGAAAUUCUGGUCAACUUCUUCAGGAAACGAGCGAACUUUUGGACCCACCUCUUAGCACCACUCUUUAGGGAGCUCGUUCCUGGCACGAAGGGGUACUCUCAGCUGAUCGACAUCGUCACUCUGGAGCUCUUCGAAAACUCGGUACCUGAAAGCGAUUUCGUCGCCAAUUUGGAGAGACUCGUGGCGAAGAAGGAAGGCCACUUGGAGCGAUUGGCCAGGUUUGUCCUCGACGGGAUCCCGCGCACCGAAGUGGACAGCGUAAGACCUUCCUUGCCCGCCGAGGGUCCUCCCCUUCACGAAGCUAAUUUAGAAUCCUGGUAUCACUUUAUCGUGACUCUCACCGACGAGAGGUUCGCUGCUAGCUACCCCAUCGAGGAGAGUCAGGCCCACGUUAUCGUCGAACUCAGCCUAGACUCGUUAUUGGCACGAUUGAAGGAGCCCGUUCACGAGCCCGACCUGGCUAGGAUCCUGACUCUCCUGGCUUCGCUUUCCCUCAGAUGUGUCACGGCUUGGAAACAUGCGCGAAUUGGAAAGUCGCUCAAAGAAUUUCGAAAUAAACUGACGGAAUUGCUUCAAGAAAUCGUCCAGUCUUAUCGGAGUUACGGAAAGCUGCUGCGCCAGACUCUGGUCUCCCUGGUGCUGGAGUGCGUCAGACUCGUCGAGCCCAGUCUCGAGCAAGAGGACUACAGCCAGCGGGAAGAGGCGAACUCUAUCACCUUGGAGUACCUUCUGACGAGCGCCAGUUUGCUAGCCAGCUACGAGCUGGAGGAACUCAAGGGCAUCGCCAGGGAUUCUAAACGCGUUAAAGGCGAACACGAGGAGAAAGGACAGGACGAAAGUGCUCAGGCUCUCCGAGGAGCGCGAGAAUGCAUCCCUGCUAGUUUGACCGUCUGUUUAGUGACCCAAGUUCUGCACAGACUUUACGUCUCCACCUCCUUGGCGGCUACUAACAGAAGCAAUGAAGAUCAACUUUCUGACAGACGACGACGAUGGCGAAAUGAUGCACAGCAGCAGGAUGCGGAGGCGGAACUCGAAGCUAGUAAAGAGAGACAAGGAGAGACCGGCCCUGUGCGGUGGUUCCGCAAAGCUUCCUGCGUUCAACUCAGGCAGAUGAUACCUGAACUGACUUCCUGCACCGUGAUCACCUUGCAGAGGAAGUCCUAUCUCAGAUUCAGCAGAGCUGCUUUGGCAGCCUUGGGUGCCAUUGCCAGGUCUCCUUAUGGUUCUCGGUUACUCGGGGACGACUCGAUCGUGAAACUCUGGCUGAGUUUGGUACCCCCGAAAGACAUUCGGAACAGCAUGCUCGACUCCCUCUACGAUGAUUUUGCUGGGAGUCACUGGCGUUGUCAAGACUGGUGGCCGCUGUACACUUUGGGACUUGAAUUUCUCACGGGUCUCGUCACUGCUGAGAUCAGUAUCCUGUACACGCAGAUGAUCGUUACUUUCCUGGGCUCCCACGAGUACCAGCUAAUGGAGGUUUCCACAUUGUUGAGGCAUACGGCGGAUCCCUUGGCAGCCGAGCUGAUCCAGUCGCUGGUUAGCCUCGUCUCGGCAUUAGCUUCAAGAGAAGUCCUCUGGAAUUCCAUCCAGCCGAGUGUCCGGGAAACGCUAAUCAAAUGCAUGUACCUAGCUUACGACAGCACGGUGAACCUCCUGUUGCGGCCGAGAAUUUUGAAAUUCAUAAUCGACGGUAUAAGCGUGGAGAGCGCGGAAGAGUUGCAAUCAUGCGAUGAAAAAUUGCCUAGUCGAGAGCUGGAGCUCCUGGUGAACAAGUUGAUCGUUAUAAACGCCGCCUGUGCCCAGAGCUUCGUCCGUUUCUCGCCUAAACUCAAUGCCCUGCUCGACACGAUAUACACGCAGAAUUUCUGGUACACGCCCCUGGCGGAGAUGAAUUUUGGGCCGCCACAGAUGAGCAUGUGUUCCGGUCCGAGACUCACUUACGGAACCAUUAUCAGCUCGGUUCAACUAUUCACCCAGGCCUUGAGCUCCAGAUACGUCGAUGACGAGAAACAGCAAACCGUAUCCGGAUCGCGAUCCUCCAGCGAGCAACACGAUCAGUCCGUCAAACGGCAGUGCGAACGAGCUCAGGAUCCUCUUCGCAGAGCCUACUCUAAGGACCCCAAGGCCAUCUUACCCCGAGGAAGAUCAGCUCUCGUUGGAGGAGGAUCUAGUUCCACAAAUUUAAGCGUGGUUGACACUUCGUACUCCGCGAAUCCAGACGUCUCUUCUUCGGUGCCAUUACUGAGCAGUCCCAGGCUAGUUCGAAGACCCUACGACCCAUUGAUCUGCGAGAACACGAUUCUUUCCAGAGCCACCGCUUUGGUCGCCAAUCGAAGGCUCUCCAAAGGUGGCAGUCCCAGUGGUCAAGCGAACGGCAGACCGAGCAAUCCUUGGUUCGCGUCUAUGGAAGAGAACAACACCAGACUCGCCCUGGAGAUAAAUCUCGUCCUGAUACUCUGCCAAGCUCUCGAAGGUGUCCGAAGCCCUAGGCUAGCCUUCAGGGACCGUCAACUCAUCGCCAGGGAGACGGCUAGCGAGGUAGGCGUCUUCUUCGACUUCCUGGAGCACCAGAACAGCGUGGACGACUGGCAGAUCGAGGGCUCUCUGGUAACUGCUGAUGGCAGCAAAACCAGAAGAGUUAGGGCUCCUGAUAUGGAUCCUCCCUUGCCUGCCAGACUGGUGGAAGAUAGCACCGUCUGCAAAGUACCUGUCUGCCAACCUGCACAUUUUACUGAAGAUGAACCCAGUACCAGCGUUAACGGUGGCGAGGAUGAUUUGGAUAGAAAAACCUCCAGAGGGAAGGAAUAUCGCCUUGACAAAGACGUUGUCACUACCGGCGGUUUUGAUGUAGGCGAGAUCUCGAAAACGGUGCAUUUGCUCCCACUUUUAGCGAAGCUUUUUAAGUCGAUCGUCGAGACCCUUGACUCAACGCAGUAUGGCUGAGACUCGUAUUGAGUAUUAGAUGAAAGGACGUUAUAAGUUAAAACUUAUCCAAGUUUCGGUGGUACUUGGUUUUAAAUGAGAUACUUAAAAUAAUGUUUUCCACGUCUGUUGUAUGUAUGUACAUACAUGUGAGUCGAUCGAUCAAUUGUGACAUUGGAAGUCGGUGCAUCCGCCAGGAUACGAGAAAACUACUCU